AUGACGGCAGUGGAAUCUAAGGGUGUCUCGAGACCACUGUCUGAGCGGCGCAAGGAGCGGUCACGUGAAGCAGCGCGUUUCAGGCGCAGUAAGGAGGCAGAGCUGUUCUGCCAGCUGGCUCAGCAGCUCCCCCUCCCCGAGAGCAUCACCUCACACCUGGACAAGGCCUCCAUCAUAAGACUGGCCCUCAGCUACCUGCGCACUCGCAAGCUCUUCACUACAGGUGUGUGCUACCCCAGCAGUCAGGCAGCUGAGAGCAAACAGACCAAUCCUCUCUCGCUGCAGUCUCUGGAGGGCUUUCUUCUCGUCCUCAUGUCCAGUGGUGACAUCAUCUAUGUGACUGAAAACAUGAGCACCUUUAUGGGCCUGUCUCCAAUGGAACUUAUAGGACACAAUAUCUAUGAUUUUACCCACCCCUGUGACCAUGGCGAUAUCCAAGAGAGCCUCAGCAUUCGAGGGGCUCUCUACAGCCUGCGAAGAGAUGGAAGAAAGGCCAAAAGGGAUUUCUUCAUAAGGAUGAAGUGUACAGUCACCAACAGAGGUCGCACUGUCAACUUGAAAUCAGCCGGCUGGAAGGUGUUGCACUGCACAGGCCACCUUAGUGCGACCUACAACCCGGCCUUUUCAUGCCCCAUUGAGUACGUGUCGCCAUUUGUGAGCAUGAUGCUCCUGUGCGAGCCCAUCCCGGCACCGCCCAGACCAGACGCACCCAUCAGCAGCCACGUCUUCAUCAGCCAGCACAGCAUGGACAUGAAGAUCAUCGGCUGUGAUGACAGAGUAAUCAGUUUGUUGGGGUACCACCCAGACGACCUGUCUAGACGUUCUAUGUACGAGCUGUGUCAUGCGUCGGAUGUGCCCAUCGUGGCCAGGAGCCACAAGAUCUUGUGUGUGAUGGGGCAGGUGGUGAGUGGGCCGUACCGGCUGCUGGCCAAGCAGGGAGGAUACGUGUGGAUAGAGACACAGGCCACCGUGCUCCAGGACACCCGGCACCACCGGCCACAGCUCAUCAUAUGCCUGAACGCUCUCGUCAGCAAUGUGGAGAAGUGCUGGAUGGCCUUCUCUGUGGAGCAAAGGGAGGCUGUCCAAAUGGAUCGCUGCCAGACCGACAGGCCUCUGCCCAGCGUGCUGAAACAGGAGCACGUGGCCAAUAGCCAACCAGAAGAAGCUACCUGUAAUCCCAGCAUUUGUGAGCCGCCAAUGUGCCCCUAGUUCUCAUCACCCCCACCCAACACAACACCCCUGCAUAAUGAAGGUCUAUCUAUGCUAUAUACAUGCCUACCAGUGACCCACAAAUGCAUCUCUACCUCAGUAUUUCUGUAACGGAGGCCAACUAGCAGAGUGUGGUGUGGAACGUUAGUAAACCUCCCUCCCAAAGCCUCAUAGCGUAUCGGUAGCACUGAGCUAUCAGACUGGGCCUUUAGCUCAGCAGUAUCGUGCUAUGCCUCCCAUACCCGAACUGGAGUGUUGACUAGGAGGUGGCGGGUUCGAGCCCUGAGUGGCGGACUGCGCAGGAACACCUCAGUUACUUUUCUACAUCCAGGCAGUCCUUCUCUGCCACAUUAUGUAGCAAGAUCAUUUUUAACAUUUCCUCACAAGAAAUGCAUCCAUCCCAGUAAACAGAGAUUAUAGCAGUAUUCUUCCUGCCUGAAACUUUUAUAUUACAAGCUGAACCUGGGAUUGAAACCUGUGAACCUCAGGAUGUGCAAUGUCUUCUAUACCUAUGCAUUUGUUGUACGCUACUAAAAUAAUCAUUACUGUACUAUAAUACUGCAAAUACUGAAUACUGAAUGAUACCCUAAGACACCAACAAUACUGUGACAUUUCACAAAUAAGCAUUAUUUUCAUUUAUUUCUUGCUCACAUCUAUGAUGGUUAAAUGCAGUGGUUGAUAUUUUGUUCAAUUUGUUUCUUUUGUGCUGUGAUGUGCCAUGUGAUCUUGAUUUAGAUUUUCUAAAAAGACAUGAGGACCAUCAGGAAAUUAAUAAAUCUCUCAAAAACUCUCCCAGU